AUGAUGAGCGAGGGGGGUUCUUCAUGCACAAGACCUGGACGGGGAUCUUCAUGCGUUGUUGCAGGAGGUCGGGAUCCAGAUGGGGAUGCGCCGAAGUGCUUCUGCGGCGUUUAUGCCAUUCUUUACAAGUCAAGAACAGCAUCUAAUCCCAAUAGGAUGUUUUUCGGUUGUCCCUUCUUCAAGGUUAAAGAACGGUGUUGUCGGUAUUUUCUCUGGCUUGAUGAACACUUGAAAAAAAUUAGGGCCAUGGAGUCUGAAGCAUUGGGUGCUGUGGAUGAUGUUGGAGGUGUAGACAUUGAAGAUGAAGUGCUGCGAAGUCAGGAAUUAGAAAAAAAAAUUCAACUGGUGCGAAGCCAUGAACUGGAGAAAAAAAUGAAAGAGUUGGAGACGAAACUUGGUGAGGAUGAUGAGUUGAUGUACAAUGUUGAUGAUGUAAUGAAAAUUGCCAUUGUUGGCUAUUCAAUGAAAAUUGCCAUUGUUGAAGAAAAAAUAAGGUAA